AUGGCUCCAGGAACUCAUCACCAUCGAAACGAGCCGGUUCGUCACCGGACCAUCGAGGUCCGAGUCAUCUCUGCGCAGGACCUCGAGGACGUGAAGCACCUGUCCAGGAUGCGUACCUACGCCGUCGUCUACGUCGAGGCCGGCCGCACAGCCAGAACCCACGUCGACGAGACUGGUGGGACUAAUCCCGUCUGGAACGAAACUGUUUCCGUCACGUUCGACGCCCGGCUGCCGGAGACCGACGUCCUUACCGCGCUCAACGUCGACGUCUACGCGCAUGGGCACAUCCACGACAAGCUCGUCGGGAGCGCGCGAGUGCUCCUCUGCGACGUGCUGAAGGAGGAAGGCGGCGAGAAGGGGAAGCUCGAGGCCGACCCGAUUCAGUGCGUGACGCUCCAGCUGAGGCGGCCGUCCGGCAGGGCGCAGGGGCUCAUCAACCUGUGGAUUCCUCCCACGGGGAAGUUCUUCGUACCGCGCGACUCGUUCUCUUUCUGCGAGCCCGAGACUCCGGUGACUGCUCCGUCCGAGUCCGGGGAGGCAGCGGAGGAAUCGGCCAAGUCAGGCGGUGUUGGCGGCGAAGCAGGUGAGCUCCGUGUAGUGGACGGAGAGUGCGAUGCGGGAACAGUAGUUAGCACGAGUGGGUGA